UCUCUCUUUGAUAUCGAUCUCUCACGACACGCGCGCGCACAACAUGGAGAUUUCCCUGCGAACAAAUCUGAUGAUUGCAACCCUGGUUCCAAAGCUGCGCAAAACUAUAUCAUGCAGAGCUAAUGAGUUCGCCGUGCAAAGAAAGAACACAAACUUUUAUGAAGUUCUUUCUCUUCGUUCUGAGAAUGUCGGCUUUGAUGAGAUAAAGAAGGCCUACAGAAACUUGGCUCUUCAAUGCCACCCAGAUCUCUGUCCUCCAUCUGCAAAAGAAGAUUCCACCAGACGAUUUGUUGAGGUUCGGAAGGCUUAUGAGACACUUUCUGAUCCAAUUUCACGUAAGGUGUAUGAUUAUAAGUUGGGUUUGGUUGAGUCAAUGGGAUCUGACGCCGACGGAGUACUGUUUGCGGAGGAAAGGAAGCCCAAAUUUUCCAAGCAAGUGUGGGAAAGCCAGCUCUAUGGACUGAAGAAAAGGUCUCAGGCCAGAAUGAAUAGGAAGAGAUAUGGAUACAUGUAGAAAUUAAUUAAAGAUCAGUGAUUUAUUAGUUGACCUUAAUUUUCUUUCUUUUAGUGUAAUUUGUAAGAAAAUAUUGCACGAAGCUUUCUUUUUAAAUUUCGUUUUGAGGGGAUCGGAAUUAAUAGAUUGGUGUUUCUCUUCCUCAAUAUUGAAGUUAAAUCCCUUUACUAGCUAUCCAUAUGGGUCAAUAUUCUAAAUUGAA